AGUGGCGGAAGGAGCAUGGCAUGGAGACAGCUGAAAAAGCGGGCCCAGGAUGCCGUGGUCAUCUUGGGGGGCGGAGGACUUCUCUUUGCCUCCUACCUGAUGGCCACGGGGGAUGAGCAUUUCUACGCUGAGUACUUGAUGCCGGCUCUGCAGAGGCUGCUGGACCCCGAGUCAGCCCACAGGCUGGCUGUUCGAUUCACCUCCCUGGGGCUCCUUCCUCGUACCUCGUUUAAAGACUCUGACAUGCUGGAAGUGAGAGUCCUGGGCCAUAAAUUCCGAAAUCCAGUAGGAAUUGCUGCAGGAUUUGACAAGCAUGGAGAAGCUGUGGAUGGACUUUACAAGAUGGGCUUUGGUUUUGUUGAGGUAGGCAGUGUUACCCCAAAACCUCAGGAAGGAAACCCCAGACCCAGAGUCUUCCGCCUCCCCGAGGACCAAGCUGUCAUUAACAGAUACGGAUUUAACAGUCACGGACUCUCAGUGGUGGAACAGAGGUUACGGGCCAGACAGCAGACGCAGGCCAGGCUCACAGAAGAUGGGCUGCCAUUAGGAAUAAAUCUGGGGAAGAAUAAGACCUCGGCGGACGCUGCCUCGGACUAUUCAGAGGGGGUUCGAGUCCUGGGACCUUUGGCUGACUACCUGGUAGUGAACGUGUCCAGUCCCAACACGGCCGGGCUGCGGAGCCUUCAGGGAAAGGCUGAGCUGCGCCGCCUGCUGACCAAGGUGCUGCAGGAGAGGGAUGCCUUGAAGGGAGUGCACAAGCCGGCCGUGCUGGUGAAGAUCGCGCCCGACCUCACGUCCCAGGACAAGGAGGAUAUCGCCAGUGUGGUGAGAGAGUUGGGCAUCGAUGGAUUAAUUGUCACGAACACCACAGUGAGCCGCCCUGGCAGCCUCCAGGGUGCCCUGCGCUCUGAAAUGGGAGGGCUGAGUGGGAAGCCCCUCCGGGAUUUAUCAACUCAAACCAUCCGGGAGAUGUAUGCACUCACCCAAGGCAGAGUCCCCAUAAUCGGCGUUGGCGGUGUCAGCAGUGGGCAGGACGCGCUGGAGAAGAUCCGGGCAGGGGCCUCCCUGGUGCAGCUAUACACGGCCCUCACCUAUCGGGGGCCGCCUGUGGUGGGCAGAGUCAAGCGGGAGCUGGAGGCCCUUUUGAAGGAGCAGGGUUUUACUAGAAUCACAGACGCGAUUGGAGUCGAUCAUCGGAGGUGAGGACGUUGUCGGUGGGAAGCCUGAUCUGGAAUCUUCCCACUAAAUCAGGCGAGCCUUUGUGGCUGGAUUGAGAAAGGAGAGCUGCAUUCCCCCAAGCCGCAAGAGCUCUUCCUUCAGCCUGACUGUGAAAGCCAAUCAUGAGGGUCACCAGAAUCAACACAGGCUUUCUUCAAUCACCUGUCAGACCAUGAACUGCGUGCGUGGUUCUUUCUAGACUCAAAUCCCAGGAUCCUUUAAUAUUGCAAGGACAUUAAAUAUUUGGGGAAAAAAAAAUCAUGGAAAAAAUAAAGACAUUUAAAACUUG